AUGACAUCAACAGAACUUGUCAAGACACUCCAGCUCCCUGUUAAGUCCAGCGGCGUGCGUGCAAUACUCAGCAGCACUCCCACCCUUCGGUAUAUGCGCAUGGCACGCGCACCAAUGAUGCUUCCGCGCCACAAAAUCGCGCGAGAAAGUUGGGCUCGAGAUAAGGUGACCUGGACGCCUGGUGAUUGGGCAAAUGUAGUCUGGUCUGACGAGAAGAAGUUUAAUCUCGACGGACCAGACGGCUUCCCGUUUUAUUGGCAUGACUUACGAAAGGAUAGAAAGGUUUUUUCAAAGCGGCAGCAAGGGGGUGAUUCGGUGAUGGUUUGGGGUGCGUUUGUUGGGAAAAAGAAGUGUGACUUGGUCGUUUUAGAAGGGAAGCAGAAUGCGCUCAAGUAUAUUCAGACUCUCGAGACCAAUCUCCUUCUUUUUGUUGAUCAAGAGCUCGGUCCUAGCUGGACGUUUAUGCAAGAUGGUGCAGCUGUACACCGUGCUAAUCGCGUUUACGAAUGGUUUGAAGAGGAGGAAGUGCACGUUAUGGACUGGCCUGCCAAGUCCCCUGACCUCAACCCUAUAGAAAACCUUUGGGGGAUCUUGGCAAGGAAAGUGUACGCACAUGAAAGGCAGUUUAAUAAUAUCGAUGAGCUACUCGAAUGUAUAAUGGACUGCUGGGAAAAUAUCAACACUGAGACGUUGGAUAAGUUAGUAGGGAGCAUGCAGAAGCGUUGCUUUGACUGUGCGAUGGCCAAAGGUGGCCCUACGAAGUACUGA